CUCUUUCUCUUUCUCUCGGUAUCUCUGUCUCUUUCCCGGAUUUGUUCUUACGCCGAGUCCCGCGAGAAGGACGCGUAUUCCUCCUCCCGAUGACGAAGACGAUGAGUGCCACCCAUCGACUUCCAUUUUCGGUAGAAACUCGCAAUUAUGACACGACGACCACGUACGUAUAGACGUACAGUGGUGCGCGGGCGAACGGCGUAACGAGCGCGUGCACGCGUUAAACGCAUCCUCCCUUCCCCCCUCCCGCCCCCCUCUUCCGCCUGCUCAAGGCGAUCUUACGUCAGUUGGAUCAAGCAGCGUUUUUCAACCCUUUUGUUCGGAGCCAAUCGGUUAGCCCGCUUCGUUUAACGCUCCUCGCUCUCCCCGCGCUCUCAUCCGCUCUCGUCCACUCGCUCGCUCGCGCUCGCUCUCAUCCUCUCUCGGUCGGACGAUCAGGAUUAAUCGCGGAACGCUCGAGCGGGCAGUUAACGCGAUGCGCCGCGACGCGUUCUCGUAAUUUUCGCGGGCGACACGCAAAACUCGAAUCGGAAGCUCGAGUGGGUGGGGGAGGAUCCUCUCUCUCUCGCGCGACGAUUUUUUGUUUAAUAUCGCUCGGAACACACGUCCGCUUCGCGAGAGGUGCCGAGAGACCGCUGCUUCGCGUUUUCAUCAGUCUCCGUCUCGCAUAUAUUCGUGCUGAGGCGUCUCUCAUAAGGAUGAAUCGUGAUCUCGAAGGGACGUGAUAGUAAUAGGAAAAUCGAAUGAUGAUGAUAUAAUACAGAUUUACUAUAGUCUUUGAGAAAGCACGCAUUAAACAAUUGCUUCAUAAAACAAAAUAAAUGAUCCAAGAUGAAUGAUAUAGAAAGUUUUGGCAUGAAGGGAGGCUCGAAGAUGCCUCACAGUCAUUCAACACCAGCUGGUGUGGAUGGAGGUAGUAGAACACCUCCUACAACACCACGGAAGGCUGGAAAAAUGCUGGCAGUUCGUGUACAGAUGUUGGAUGACUCUAUUACAAUGUUUCAAGUGCAGGCCAAAGCACUAGGGAGAGUAUUGUUUGAUCAAGUUUGUAAGCAAUUGCACCUUUUAGAAGCCGAUUAUUUUGGUCUUGAAUAUCAAGAACCAAAUUUAACAAAAUAUUGGUUAGAUUUGGAGAAACCAGUAUGCAGACAAGUUGGCUUAUCUUUAAUUGAUCCUCUAUUGAGGUUCUGUGUUAAAUUUUAUACGCCAGAUCCCGCACAACUCGAGGAAGAGUUUACAAGAUAUUUAUUCUGUCUACAAAUCAAACGGGAUUUAUCUCUAGGUUUACUGCAAUGCAAUGACAACACAGCAGCAUUGAUGGCCAGUUAUAUAGUUCAAGCUGAAUGCGGAGAUUAUGUGAUAGAAGAUUACCCGGAUCAUACAUAUUUAUCAACAUAUAAAUUUGUGCCUCAUCAAGAUCAAGAGUUGGAACGACGUAUCAUGGAGAAUCACAAAAAACAUGCAGGCCAAUCUCCUGCAGAAGCAGAUCUCAAUCUCUUAGAGACAGCUCGACGUUGCGAACUAUAUGGAAUGAAAAUGCAUCCAGCAAAGGAUCAUGAAAACGUUCCACUAAAUCUUGCAGUGGCACAUAUGGGCAUUGUAGUUUUUCAAAAUUAUACUAAGAUAAAUACAUUUAGUUGGGCCAAAAUCAGAAAAAUCAGUUUCAAACGAAAACGCUUUCUAAUCAAAUUGCAUCCCGAAGGUUAUGGUUAUUAUAAGGAUACAGUCGAGUUUUUCUUUGAGGGACGUAAUGAAUGUAAAAACUUUUGGAAAAAGUGUGUAGAAAACCAUGGUUUUUUCCGCUGCUCUGUAGUUAAGAGAGUCGUGAGGCAAAAAACUAGAGUGCUUAGCCGUGGAUCAUCGUUCAGGUAUAGCGGCAAAACUCAGAAACAAAUUGUCGAAUUUGUUCGAGACAAUUAUGUGAAGAGGCAGACAUUUCAAAGGUCCAAUUCGUUCCGGCAGACUAGCGGUGGUAGGGCAUUGCAGGGCUCGGAGGGGGGAGGCUAUCGUGGGGCCACUCCAAGCAGCUCCCUUAUGGGCAGCUCCAGCAUCUCUGCCCACCCCCUCCUGCCCCUCGGCGAUCCUGCCCUGGCAACCCCAGCUCUGUCUCUGUCAUGCGGCUCGAUGACACUGGAUUCUCCGACGACUGUGACGAGUGUCUCGAUGGGCGGGACGAUUCACCGUCGAGAAGACACAGCUACAUCGUUUCGGACGCUCACCUCUAUCGACGUCCAUUCGCCAGCCACCCCCAGCCAGGUCCCAGCACCGCGGCAGAUGCAUGCUACCAGUCAACAACGGAUUUCAUCAACAGGUCGUAUCAGCCCCUCUAACAGCAGUCCCCCCGAAUUCCCACCACCACGACCUCUGCCCAGACACCCCUGGCAGCGGUCGGCUAGUUGUCGCGAGCUAUAUGCUUCUAGUUUCGAGGACUCUGGUAAAGCGCGACCGCGGGACGAUAAGGUCACCGCGGAACCGCCAUUAGACCCAUUCCAAUUAGCCUCUCAAGGUGAACUAGAUAAUCCCGUAACACGUUACGACGAGAGUAAUCGUUCGUAUAGCGCCGCUAGUUCGAAAUUACCUUCUUUAGAUCACGACUCUGUCCCCGAGCGUGUCUACAGCAGUUCCUACCCGGGAACGUCGUCGUUGUCUACCGAAUCGGGUCAUGAGGAAUCGGGUCCCGCUGGAGAUUUGUCGCAUGACGAUCUCUCGCACGAUUCUUACGAGCUUUUGGAACGCGAGCACGAAUUCGAAUAUCCGGAAUCAUAUUCCAGUCCGCAUGACGAGCCGAUAUCCGAUCAGAGCGACGAAGGAAUCGAGCACGAGAUGUUCCAAAUGGACUCCGAGACCGAUUCCUUCGUCAAGCAUAGAUCGUUGAAGCCUUCUGAGAGGCAACAAUGCAAGUCUGCAUUAAUUGACCUUAAAAAUACAAAAGCCAAGUCCAUCGAUCGGUACUCGACUAUAUCUAAGCCAGACGAUUAUGUAAUCACCGAAUCCAGAAUACAACGAUCAUCCACUCAAAUAGAACGCAAAUUUGAGACGAGACACGCCAAUUCUGUGGAACAGCCGUCCAAGACGGCUAUUCCGCAUCAGGACUCGGCCAAAAAAGAUCCCGUAAUCUUGCAGGUGCAAAAACAAAAGGUUUCCGUUCUCAACGAGUUGAAGAACCUAAAGCCAAAGUAUAAGAUUACUCAUGUGGAUUCGGAGGUCUUGCGAGACGAGGGUAUUAUGCGUCCAAAAUCGCGAAUAGACGACGAUCUGAGCCCGGUUGACGGGAAUAGAACCGUAUUAGAUCAUGGUGCAAAAGGUAGGACUACUAGAGCACGCAGUAUCGCUAGCUUGGACGAUCAUCCGCCGCGAUUGUACGUCGAGACAGGUAGCUUAGGUCGCGGACACAAGUCUAGGGAUAGAAAAUCGCGAGAUUCUGAUAUUAAGGUCGAGAAAGUCUUGUCGAAAGAGCGUAGAAGUGUCGAGAGAGAGGAGCGGAAACGAAUUGAGAGGGACUAUUCGAGGGAUUCCAGACGAAUUGAUAAAAGCGAUUCGCGGGAGCGUCGAUCCAUGGAUCGACUCGAUUCGCGAAAAUCGGACAAUUACGGUCGUCGCAGUAUAGAUCGAAUCGAUAUGCGCGAAUUACGUAGGAGCAUCGAGCGGCUCGAUUUGCGUGAGAAAAGUUACGAGCAUUUCGAUUCGAAGGAAAAGAGUGCCUUUUAUUACAAUGAUUUCUAUGAAUCACGUGGUAAGAGUGUCGAUCGUUUAGAUUCUCAAGGGCUGCGUAGCAGCAUGGAGUAUCUGAGGAGUCCUAAGGAAAGAAGCACUCAUCGACAUUCGGAUACGCGAGAACGUAGGGAAAGAAGCAUCGAACGAAUUGAUUCUCAAGAAUCGAGGAAGAGCAGAGCGGCUUCUAUUGACUACGAGAGGCAUACUUUGGAACGCUUCGAUUCCGGCAAUAGAAGUCCGUUCGAACGGUUAACUCCGAAGGAGCAACGAAGAAUGAGCAUAGAGAGGCUGGAUUCUCAAAAAUUUGACUUCGAUCCGCGAACAAUCGAACGUUUAAAAUCAUUGGAACGUUACGAGCAGAGAGAUCGAAUUUACGAAAGGAAGGUGGAAUCAAGGAGCGCCGAGCGAAAGAGUCUAGAGAAACUGGACUCGCGGGAGCGAAAAUAUUUGGGACGCUUAGAAUCGCGGGAAGGAAGAAGCCUCGAGUGCCUGGAUUUCGAUAACGCUGAGCGUAAGAAGAAUAUUGACAAGGUGGAACAUUACAAAGAGCAAAAAAAGAGCAGGAGCAAACCCGAGAAGGGCAAAUCGGAGGAGAAACCACGGGAGCGGGACGACUGGAGGAGUUUGGAGAAAGCGCGAAAGGACGACGAGAGACGAGAACGGGAACGACAAGCGAAACUGUCCCUCGAAUCUCGUACGGAGACUGUCAUUGGCAUACCGCAUGAAAUGGACAAUUUAAAGCCGAAGACCGUCUUCACCGAAUACGAGCCGAAGGUCAUCGGCGGGGUCGUCCUGGGUUUCGAAGAAACCGCGUUGCCUGGUCACGUCCCGGUAGAACGUACGAAGAGUGACCCGAAUCCGGCACGACAGAGAUUAGGAUCCAACAGCAAACGACACAUGUUGAUGCAUCAAAAGUCCAUAGAUUUGACUCCCGCUGAUUCCGGCGAUGAAGAACCAUUUUCGGAUAGUGCGGCGACCAUGCAAAAGACUAACGUCGAUAUACCAUACACGUUACACAAAAGACACGUCAUGAACGGUACGGCAUCUGAUGAAAAGUCCGAAUCGGAUAGCAGCAAGACUUCGAAGAAUGUCAAGAGUACUGUCAAGGACUUGCCGAAGCUGCCGUUGAAAAUGAUAACGGACAUUUCCUACUUUGAUUUAACUAAGCUUUCCUCGAUAGACAAAGCUAGCAGCAAACUAUCCCCGGAUAAAUCGAAGAGCGGCACAAUUACUGCCGCAAGACCAAAAUCGAUAUUGAGUCCAUCGGACAAGCCGAAGAGUAUUUUAAGUCCCACAUCGAAACUCUCGCCCACGGAUCCAAAGAGUAUCGUUUGCAGUUUAUCGCCUACCAACAGAAGCCCUUCGAAGGCGAACGCGAAGACUCAAUCUUCCGAUAAGCUUUCGCAGAAGGGCGGUUCUUUAGAUAGAAAUAGAACCGAGGUUAUCAUCAACGAAGAUUACACGUGCAAAAAAUCUUCUAGUUUGGAUAAAAAACCUUCGAAAUUAUCUCCGAUCGAACCGAAUGUUACCAUUAUAUCGGCCCUCGAGAAACGUUCGCCCAAAAAAUCACCGACCGAUCCUAACAUAACUAUUGUUUCCGUAAUACAGAAGAAGAAAUCUAUUGAUGGGGCGCCCAGAAGUCCUACUAACGUUGCGAAAAUGGUGGAUAUUAAAUCAAAAAUCGCUCUGAAUUUUGCGGACGUUGUCAGCAUGGAAAUGAAACAAAACCUGGAACGUAAGACGAAACUUGAAAAAGAUAGUCUGAAAGCGCCGGAUGAUAGUUUAGAGAAACAAGAUAGCAUUGAGAAGAUACCGUUACCAGAAAUCCCCGGCGAUGGAAAGGCGGAUAAUGUGGACGAUCAAGUCGGAAAAAUUCAACGAGCAAUGAUUAAAGAAUUUGCCCAAUCAUUGAAACGAACCGUCGAUGACUUGUCCGAUGAUGAUCAACGGAAAGAGAACGUACAGUCCGUUAUAGCUGAAGUUCAUAUAUCAGCUGCAGCGGAAAUAAAAAUGGAAAAACCACCGAUUCCAGAGAAACCGAAAAUAUUAGAGAAACCAAGUAUUCCCGAAAAGACGAAGCGUAUUUUAGAGAGAAUAGAAUCAAAAUUUUCGGAAGUUAGUAAAAAUUCCGCUACAAAGAUAUCGAGACCUAAGAUCAUCGAUACAGGAUUUGACGAUUUUGUGGAUCCAGUCGCCGAUUUGCCUUUAGAUGAAGUGCCUGUGAAACCUGCUCUAGAGUUGGAUAGUCUUAAAGUUCCUGAAUUCGUUCCUUUCAUGUUGAGACCGCACGCAGAACCGUUAAGAUCAAAGUCCCUGUCUCUAGCGGAAGAAAAAGCGCCGAUCGAUACAUUGCUUUCACCGGAAGUCGAGAAUAAGCAUUUCGUGCAGGAUGUUUCUCCGAAAAGAAUGAAAAAAAUGAAAUCAGAACCGAAGAAAGACUUCAAGAAACAAUCGAAAUCAUUGGAGGGUGACAAACCGCCACUGAAAAAGAGUGCGUCGAAAGAGUCGCGUGCACCAGUGGUGAAUACAAAAAUUGACAAAUCCAAAUUAAAGCUCGGCGAAAUGCCACAAGAGAUUAUAAUUAUCGAUUCGACUGAUGUAGCGCCAGAGGUAAGCAUCGUUCAAAAAGGUAGAUCGAAGUCCGUAACCAGACUGUCCGACAAGCCAUUCUCGACGUCGAAGGACGACAAGGAAGAGGCGAAAAGUACUCGCGCGAAAUCCGCGUCAGUCGACGAUGAAUUGAUUAAAGGCACAAUAAAAUCCGAAAAAUCCAGACCCAAAUCGCUAGGAAUAUCAAAGAGCUUGGGAAGUACGGAGAAAAAGGAUUCGGUAGAAAAAAUAUCCCCAAAGAGGACCAUCGUAUCCAAGACUGCUACUAAGACCGACUCCAAAACCGAGGGUAAAUCAGCCAUCGCGAGGGACGUGGUAUCGAAGCAGGAUUCAAAAUCAACGCGCGGCAAAGUAGCAUCGAAAAUAGAAGCUAGUGAAGAGGUUAAUGAAUCGAAGCAGUCUAAGCUGGAGAAAGAUUCUAAAUCAUGCGUCAAACCUGACGUCGUAAUCGAUCAACCGAUCGAGACUAAACGGACUGUAGUAACGGAUGAAUCCAAGGAGCUGAUCAAGGAAUUAUUGGCCAAGGAAUUAAAGGAACUAACAAAGGACAGCGCAAAGAAAAGCGCGCUUGUUCAAGAAUUGACUCAGUCCCCCUUAGUAUUACGUAAACCGGGACAAACGCCGAUAUUGUUUGCUCGCGCGCGUCUUGGUCUUUCCGAAGGUAGCGGGAUUGGCGCUCUGCAACGUCAAGGAGCGACGCAGUCACCUACCGCUCAGCGACGCGCCAAGUCCUUGGAUGCCGCAGUGAUCUCUGUGCACAGACUCCCACCAGCGAACGCGUUCUCCAGCAAGGACGACACGGUGGAUGUAUCGGAGAAUCUGGAGGAUCGAGAGAAUGCCGAAGAAGCUGCUCGAGAAGGUACGAUAACGAAGGCGCAAUCGGCGCAGAUGGAAGCCUCUCCGAAUCACAGAUCCGACAGCACCGAUCAUACAACCAUUCCGGAGAUAUGCACCGAUUCUUUGUCCGUCACCGAGACUUCGGCGCAAUAUUUAGAAUCACCAUUAACGGAAUGCAAUGAGAUUGUUACCAGCAUCGAUUUGAUACCUUACGAAGGACAAGAGAGUGGGAGACAAAUUCCCUUUAUUAGUUACAUCAAUGACAAUGAGAAUAUCAUUGAAAGCGCCCAAAUAGAAGAAGCCACGAAAUUUAUCGACCAAAGUUCCGCGGAGUCUGGUGGUGAACAGGAAAUAUCUCAGAAGAGUUUCGAAGCGACGAAAGCUGACGUGCCUUCGAGAGCUGCUCGAUCGGAUCAAUCAUCGGUGAUCUUCGUGAAGAGCGCAAGUACGGAAGUUGUCGUUUCCAAGCAAAAGCAAGCCGAACUAUCAAAGGAUACUAUCGAAGAUGAAAAUGAAGAGGGAAAUGUAAAGAUUGGCGAAACGACAUCAAUAAAAUCUCCUACUCAUCCAGAAGAUCUUCGUUCCAAAAUCGAAGGUUCCGACCAAAAAGGUCCAUCCGAGAGAGAUGAUGUUCCUGACGUAACCAUAAGUGUAGUUCGAGAAGACGAAAAAUACUUUCUCCAAUAUUACGAUCAAGAUGAGCCUCCAGAUAUGGUCAAGUCGCCGAUACAGAUAUCCAUCGAAGAGUGUUCGGACGACGAAGGAAAUCCGGAGGACGAAGAGGAGGAGAGACAGGAGAUGGAGGAGAUUGACGAACGCGAAGAAGAGGAAAACAAACGACUCGACUCUCUCGAUACAAGCGAAGAUACGUUAGAUGCGCUCGAUACGCAAGUGCAAAUGCGAGGCGUGGAUAGCGAAAUGAGCUCCCCGGAUUACGGUGUCGAUAAGAUGGACGAGAAAACGUUGGUCGAAGUCGAGCUGACACCGGAAUAUCUGGAAAUGAAAAGAGAAGACGAGGAGACCGCGGAAGAAUUGCCAGAGGACGAGCCUGUCAAAGAAACCGUGGAGAUCGCAGACUCGAAUCGUUUAUCUAUCGAUAAGAAGCUCAGAUUGAGUACCGAACGCUCGAGAAGUGAGGAAACCAACACUUGGACACCGGACAGAGAGGACCCGGAUUCCAGUUCGUGUUCCAUCGCCCGGCCCCUGGGGAUCGGUCAGAUACAACCUAUAGUAGAUCGUCGGGAAAUUGCUCUGAUCGAAGGCGCUCGCAGUGGUUCCCUAGAUGACGAUAGCAAUGGCUCGCAACCAGCUCCGAAACACGAGAUGAGCACUACGUGGAAAUCGUUUCCACAAGAGAGUUCCGGUAGUUCCAGUUUGGAGGAGGGCUGGGCACCCCAGGAUGAAAACAAUGCGCAACAAUCGCAAUCCGAGGAUAGCAACGGUCAAAACGAGGACAGUUUUCAGGAGGAUCUAGCGGAUUUUCCUGGCAGCUUCAUCUAUCCUAUCGGACCCGAAAUAUUGGCCAACUACGGCGCGUUUUCGCUUUCUCGUACGCUCUCCAGAAUAUCCGAGCGAUCGACUACAUCGGAGCAAGACAAGAGCGACUUGGAAGACUCUUUCAAACCCAGUUCGAGGUCGCCGAGUCUCGAUGAUGAAUCUUUAAUGUCGAGCGAUCAUCAACCAUCUUUGUCAUCGGACCCCCCGUCUGGCACGGCGUUACCAUCUGUUUCGGACGAUCGCAGAACAUCCUCCGAGCUACCGGAUAUUCCUAUCGACGUGAUUGGAGGACAAGAGGACGAUUCCAAGUCUCCGCGAGCGAACAGAAGGUCGCGGUUGCAACUACAAAGCUCCGAGGACUGGCCAUCGCCCCCGAGUUCACCCGUUUUCGACACGCCUGUGGUAAGCCACGUGGAGACAUUCUAUAUGGAAAUCAAACCAGAGGAAGCCGUCAAAGUCACCGUCACGGAUAGUACCGAGACCCCUGUUCACGGUGCUGAACGGGACAGCGAUUCGAGCGAUGAGAAUCGAACUCUGCACGACGAUCUUCACUCGACCUUUUUGGAGGACGGACAAAGUUCGACGUCUGCGACAACGGUCGACGGUACGGUUAAAAUCGCGGUGAAGCCAAAAUCGAACUCGUACAUAACCGGCUCGUCUCAUAGCGAGGACACGUCGAUGGGCCUAUCCAUGUCCGAGUGGUCCAGCUCGAACAAUACUGUGCGUCAAUUUUGCCAAUACUCCGGCACCAAGUCUGACGACAAUUCGUUGGCGGAGCUCGGCGCCUCUAUCUCGGAUUGGUCGGGUAGCACGACGGUGAUACCGCAACAAUAUUACUCCCCAGCGGCCGACAAGAGCCAAAGCGAUACCACGACGUCCGAGAGGAGCGCGACCAGCAUGAGGCCGAAUUCCAAAUGUCAGACUGCCGACACCUCUUCUCUUCCCUCGCCACCGUCUCCAUCUUCGUUACCCCUACCCGUCUCGCCACCACUGCCUUCUCCACCCGCGACAGCUACCUCCCCGUUUCGAUAUGAUGAGGGUGAAGCUGUUGACUCGACGACCGAGCAAUGCGGAGCUUUUCAAAAGAUCGGGGAGACUCUCGAGGACGAUGAUGUUCGUCAAGCUCGAACGCAUUGCGACGAAUUGGACGAAGCACGACGAUUUAUCGAGAGUCAAUUCGACGAGCAUCAUAGAUUGCGUCGUUACGAGGACGACGACGAGCAGCAGCAGGGCAUUUAUCCGGAAUACGCCGGGAUCUCACCGCCUCGCAUCACUCUUCGAAACGAGUACGACGAGGCUAUCGACGAUCUUGACUUCCAAAUGCUUCCGGAGGAUGAAACGACGCUCUGCGUCGAUGACACGGCGCUGCCAAUUCCCGAGGAGGAUGAGGAGGACCAACUGUACGACAACGUGCCCGCCAUGAAGUACUCCAGCGGCGACCAAGUCCGGAUGGAGGUUGGCCGCGGGGACAGUUCGGAGGACAUGCACGAGAAAUACGCUGAUCUCACGCUACAAUCGAGGCUGGCGGAUGACGAUUGGUUCUCGGAGGAGCGAAGAGACCUCCCUCCGGAGAGGCCAGGAAUGAAAGCAUUGGGCAAAUUCGAUCGUGGUUUCUCGGAGCCGAGCCCUCAUGACGCGGGCAGGUAUCAAGGCACCCGUUCCACCGAGCGGCCUGUAAUGGUGCCAAUUCGAGCCAAAUCGACCCCGUAUUAUUCCACGACGAGUCAGAGCGGCGAGUCGACCACGUCCAGUCCGCCAAUGCAGAUUAGGACGCAGAUCAGAACGAAAACAAUGCCUUACUCGUCGAGUCGCAGCCCCCAAAGCGAGGGGGACACUUCCUCGAGCAUGGACAGUCCCGCGCACACCCCCGAUCGGGGCCAACGGGCUUUCCGUAGGAAACGUCAGCAGAACGCCAAGAGACGACAUCGCGUUGUCGUCGAUCUCGAAGUUAAGGACGGCCAUAUAGUCUCCAGCACCGACUCCAGCUUCGACGUGGCCACGAUACCACCGCCUCUGCUGACGGAGAGCCAGAAUCUCGACAUGGACGAUGACGAGGACGAUGAGAUGUCCGAGGCGAAGGACGAACGACGUCGCCAGCAGCAGCGUUGA